CGGAGGGAAAGCGAGCCCAGCCGGGAGGGGCCUGACUUCCGGUGCAUGAGAGUUGCGGGUCCAGGAACCGGAAGUCGGCGCCAGAGGCCUCGGAUCCAGAGGUAGAAGAGGCAGCGGCGGAGGAGGACUGAGGGUGUGAAGACUAGUCUGGGGAUGUAAACACAAUGAGUGUAAACCAGCAGACUCACACUGGGCCACCCUAUGGUCAACCGCAGCCCGGUUAUCCAGGAUACCUGCAGCCUGGUUAUGGAGGGCAACAAAUCCCAAGUGUUCCUGCCUCUCAGUAUGGUGCUUAUAAUGGUCCAAUGACAGGAUAUCAGCAAACAGCCCCCCAACAAGGUUACUUUCCUACACUGGGGUUUCCUUCUAAGGGCUCUCCUGUUUCUCUCGAUUCUGAUGCUUCUUUUGCUCCUAACUUCUUAGGUUCAGUAAGAACUCCUGCUACUUCUGGAGCAGCUGCAUCAACAUCUGGAACAUUAGUUCCUCCUGGACAGCCUCUCUAUAGUCAGUUUGGACAAGGAGAUGUACAUAAUGGGAUUCCUCCUUCUACAGUUCCAUUGCAAAGACCUCCUCAGCAGUUCAUGCCUGGCACAGCACCCGCUCCUGUUAGCCAGCCAGCAACUUUUCAGCAAUUUGGGCUACCUCCAACAAGUACGCAGCAGCUGACCAAUCAUAUGGCAGGAAUGCAGAUAGGCAGUGCUCCACCAUCUGUCCCUGCCCCAGCUGGACUGGGCUAUGGUUCCCUGACAUCAGUUCCAUCUGCCUCAGGAAGCUUUACUACAACUGGAUCUGGGCAAUAUGUGUCAUAUGCAAGCCAAGGACCACCACCUCCUAACAUACCCCAUGGAUUGCCUCCCACCAGCUUGUCUCAGGGUGUUCCUGUGGCACAACCCUCAGUUUCUGGUCCUCCGUCAGCCCCACACAUUUCCUCUCAAUCUCCUGGCUUUGCCCCACCACCCCUUUCUGCUGGGAUUGGAGCUUCCAGUUACCCUCCUGCUGCAGGAAUUUCAAGGCCUCCCAUAAUGCAAGCUGGAUCAUUACCAGGUCAGGCAGUUAGUGGGCUAAUCACUUCCCAGCCAAAUCAUGUGACAUCACCACCACCUCAACCAUCCAUGGCAGGGCCGCCUCCUGGACCACCAAUGGCAGGCUUGCAAGGACCACCUCCUGCUCAUCCUUCCCAGCCAGGAUAUGCACCACAACAGAAUGGAUCUUUUGGACAAAAUAGAGGUAAUCAGCCAAAUUAUGGUGCCGCUUAUUCUGGGCCAGCAAAUUAUGGGAGUCCACCUGCACCAGCACCUCCAUCAAAACGUCUAGAUCCAGACUCCAUUCCUAGUCCACAACUCAAUGAGCUGCCACCUCAGCAGAAACCCAGACACAGGAUAGAUCCUGAUGCAAUUCCUAGCCCAAUUCAGGUAAUUGAAGAUGACCGGAAUAAUCGUGGGUCAGAGCCAUUUGUCACUGGAGUCCGUGGACAAGUACCACCCCUUGUCACUACCAAUUUCUUGGUUAAAGAUCAAGGUAACGCAAGUCCACGCUACAUAAGGUGUACAUCUUAUAAUAUCCCUUGCACUUCAGACAUGGCUAAACAGUCUCAAGUUCCUCUUGCUGCAGUCAUAAAGCCUUUGGCAAUGCUUCCUACAGAAGAGACUCCUCCUUAUUUGGUAGACCAUGGAGAAUCGGGCCCUGUCCGGUGCAAUAGGUGCAAAGCCUAUAUGUGUCCUUUUAUGCAAUUUAUUGAGGGUGGAAGACGAUUUCAGUGCUGCUUCUGUAGCUGUGUCACUGAGGUGCCAUCUCACUAUUUCCAGCACUUGGAUCAUACAGGCAGGCGCGUGGACUACUAUGACAGACCUGAGUUAUCAUUGGGAUCCUAUGAGUUCUUGGCAACUGUGGAUUAUUGCAAGAAUAACAAGUAUCCUAACCCUCCUGCUUUCAUUUUCAUGAUUGAUGUGUCAUACAAUGCAGUAAGAAGUGGCUUGGUAAGGUUGAUCUGUGAAGAGCUGAAGACUCUCUUGGACUACUUGCCUAGAGAAGGAAACAUGGAAGAAUCGGCCAUCCGUGUGGGCUUUGUCACCUACAACAAAGUUCUGCAUUUUUAUAAUGUGAAGAGCUCUUUGGCACAGCCACAAAUGAUGGUUGUGUCAGAUGUGUCCGAUAUGUUUGUACCCCUGCUUGAUGGUUUCCUGGUGAAUGUUAAUGAGUCCCGCACAGUUUUCACAAGUUUACUGGACCAGAUUCCUGAAAUGUUUGCUGAUACAAGAGAAACAGAAACAGUGUUUGGUCCAGUGAUCCAGGCUGGCAAGGAGGCUUUAAAGGCAGCGGAGUGUGCUGGCAAACUCUUCAUAUUUCAUACAUCACUGCCUAUUGCAGAAGCACCAGGGAAACUGAAGAAUAGAGAUGAUAAGAAGUUGAUAAAUACUGAUAAAGAAAAGACACUUUUCCAGCCUCAGACAAGCUUCUAUAGUAAUUUAGCCAAGGAAUGUGUAACACAAGGCUGCUGUGUGGAUCUGUUCCUUUUUCCAAACCAGUAUUUGGAUGUGGCUACCUUAGGGGUUGUUCCAUAUCAGACAGGUGGCUCCCUUUAUAAAUACACCUUUUUCCAGGUGGAAACAGAUCAGGAGCGCUUCUUGAAUGAUUUGCGUCGAGAUGUUCAGAAAGAAGUUGGUUUUGAUGCUGUGAUGAGGGUACGCACAAGCACUGGUAUUCGAGCGACAGACUUCUUUGGAGCUUUCUACAUGAGCAACACAACUGAUGUAGAACUGGCAGGAUUAGAUUGUGACAAAACAGUCACAGUAGAGUUCAAACACGAUGAUAAGCUGAAUGAAGAAACUGGAGCACUUCUUCAGUGUGCUGUAUUAUAUACAAGCUGUGCAGGACAGAGGCGACUGCGUAUUCACAACCUCUCUUUGAACUGCUGUACACAGCUGGCUGAUCUUUAUCGAAACUGUGAGACAGACACACUUAUCAACUACUUAGCCAAAUUCGCAUAUCGGGGAGUUCUGAACAAUCCAGUCAAGACAGUAAGAGAUACUCUGAUAAAUCAGUGUGCCCAGAUCUUGGCAUGCUAUCGGAAAAACUGUGCUAGCCCCUCUUCUGCUGGACAGUUGAUUCUCCCUGAAUGCAUGAAACUACUCCCUGUGUAUCUCAAUUGUGUUUUGAAAAGCGAUGUACUCCAGCCUGGCUCAGAAGUCACUACUGAUGACCGCUCCUAUAUCCGUCAGCUAGUCACCUCAAUGGAUGUGGCAGAAACAAAUGUUUUCUUCUACCCCCGACUAUUACCAUUGACCAAAGUAGACUUCAAUAGCGAUUCCUUACCAACAGCAAUCAGAAAUUCUGAAGAGCGUCUCUCCAAGGGUGAUAUAUACCUACUUGAAAAUGGGCUGAAUAUAUUUUUGUGGGUAGGAGUGAAUGUUCAGCAGGGGCUGAUCCAAAACCUCUUUGGAGUGUCAUCAUUCAGCCAGAUUAACAGCUCUGUGUGUAUGUUACCAAUUUUGGACAAUCCCUUUUCAAAGAGAGUACGAUCCAUCAUUGAAAUGUUCCAGUCUCAAAGGCCACGCUAUAUGAAGCUCAUGGUUGUGAAGCAAGAAGACAAAUUAGAUCUGCUGUUCAAACACUUUUUGUCUGAAGAUAAGAGCAUGAAUGGGGGGGCUUCAUAUGUGGAUUUCCUCUGUCACAUGCACAAGGAGAUUCGCCAGUUGCUGAGCUAGAGUUGGACUUAUGCUGGAUUCCAGCACUGACACUUCUAUGUUCACUAACUGCCUGAGGAAUGGGCCCAACUCCUCCGAAAAGAACAAUAUUGAAACCUGUACAAUUCCAUAAUUUUUAAUAUACUGUGCAUAAACUGUUUCAGUAUCUCCCAGACCCUUCGAGAGAGUGAGGCAUGGACAGAUGAAACGCGUAUUUAGGAUGGAGGAAAACAUUCUUUGAUUCCAGGUCUUAAGCCUGGGUCUCUCUCUUACUGUGCUUGGCAGGCUUCUACACUCCCUGCCUCCCACCACCCCUGUUCUGUUCUAAGAAAUGUCUUUUGAAUUCUCUGUACAUGAUUCAGCAUCAGGUGAAAAGGUGAUUGCUUCUCAAAACGACACAAUGGCUGCUAUAUUUGCUCAUGUGAUAAUCUGAAUCAAAAGAAGCAAAAUAGGGAAAUGUGGUUGGCAGGCCCUGCUCUGUCAAAAGGAAGAUGCUGGAUAAAAAAUUCAAGCAACUCUUUUACAUCUGGAGGGAAUAAUUCAGUGUCAACAAAUUGUAGAGUGGUGUUUUAGAAAAUAUUGCCUGAGCUCCAAGCCAGGAAAGCAGAGUAGACAUGCCUUCACUGCUGUUGUGUUACUAUGCAUAUCUGCCUUGGAGUAAGUGGGUGGUAAUGAGCAGGUGCUGUUUCUGGAAAAGUGAAAUCUAUAUUAUUAUGAACAGAUAUUCCCACCACCCUUUCUGGGAAACAGAGCAUCUUUUUUCCUCUUUUGCCAGUGUCUUCUUGAUUUAAUGCCUGUUGCCUCUUUCCAUUCAAGUGCAAGAUUUUUCUUGGAAUAUUUUCUUAAGAUGGUUGUACUUUCCCUUAUUUUCAUUUUAGAAAGUAAUGUUUAUAACACAGAGUGUCAAAAAUGACAGAGGAGGAUGUUUGGAGAUGAAUAGUUGGAAUUGUACCCAAGGAGCACUGAGUCCUAUAGCACCAUAUGAAAUGAGUAAUUCAUGUAAAAUAAGGUUCAAAUCAUGUCACAGUGUUUGCUGAAGUUGAAGCCCUUAGCAGUUUCGAAUAAUUUUGACCUCUGAUAAACUAACAGCACUUAAAAGGUUAUAUCCUGAGUGAUUCUUACUGGUCCAGCAGUGUCAUAUACCAGAUGCUGUGUUGGUAGUAUUGUACUUCAGAUAAGAAGUCUACUUACGGCUGACUUCUCCAGUGGUGAGCAGAAGGCAUUUUACUUGGAGUAGGCAGAAGUGAUUUUUGUAGUGAAAAAGUGAUGUGUUUCAGACUUCAAGAAGUCUAAUGGCUCUUCGAGUUUCAAAGGGAAACUAAUUAUUUUUAAAGAAUGCAGUACUUACAUAUUCUUGCAAUGGCCUGAAUGUAUUGAGGGAACAGAAGCACUGAACUUGAAAAAAGAAAAGCAGGGAAAGAGAUUGCUUAAUCAAAUGGUGAAUUAAGACUGGGUAUAGGUAAAAACUUUAUUCCAUCUGCUAUUGAAAAUUGAAAUUUCAAACUUAUGUACAUGACCGAUUAAAUAAUCCAGGAGUGUGGUUUCUAAUCCCAUAAUCUAUAGUGUGUGUGUGUGUGGGUGUGUGUUUGUAAAUAUUUUCCUUCUGUUGCAGCUAGUUUGUCUUCCUCCUCAUUUCCCUUUCAUUACAUAGCAAAGGGGUAUAUUCAAGAACUAUUAAGAACUAUAACUGACCAGAUCCCAAGGAGUUUUUAGCAGUCUAUUUGCAAGUGUGACUGAGCCACUCCCCCAUGCCUCUGGCCAAAACAUACAAUGCUGACCCUAACCAAAAAUGUAGAGAUUACACCAGUAAAGAUACUUGCUCUCCAAAACAAGGCUCAAGAACCAGAUUUUCACAACUGAUUUCUAGAAUUAAUAUAAAAGAAAAAUAAGAUCAUAAGACUUUCUUCACUUUUUUCAAUUCAUCUUUUAAUUUGUAAAGAAAUAAUUAUAUGAAGAUGUAUUUUAUGUCAUUGUUAGUAAAUAAAUAUUGAUUAUUUUUU